AUGUCUUCCUUCCCGGUUACUUUUUUCUCUCCUUUUCUUUCGUUGCUUUUCCUUUUCCUUUCUCAUACAGAUUUGGUCUCUGGAUCAAAUAUAGAGCACGUUGAACGCUCUACUGAGAAUCGUCCUCCUCUGGAUAAGGCGCUACUCGGGAUUCAGAUUGGCAGCAUUGCGGGUGCCUACUUGAUCUUUGUCGCGACUCUUCUUGCACUGCUUCUAUUUGUCGGACGCAGAAUUCGUCGGACAGUUCAGUCUUCCAACUACUCCCUUCAGAUGGAAAUGCUGCAGCCAGCAAAGCAACCCCCAAGCAUGGAUCCCAGCCCAGUUUCUCCUAUUACCCAAACUCUCCCUAGUCCCACGGCGGGUGGUUUCACUUCCUCAUGGGGCAGUAUUCCUCGAGGAGGUCGACCAUCUCAAACAUCUGUCAACGGUAGUAUGGUCACGAUUGACGAGUCGGUCGUGGCUUCAGACCGUCAAAGGGCACAAGAUCAAAUGGAAAUGCUCUAUGCGGCAGUCAUGGAGCAUGAUGCUCAGAAGGCCUCGGGGGUCAACAUCUCUGCGAGAGAUGCGGACUCACAGGCAAACUCCCCCGACAGCCAAUAUACCAAUCCUUUCACCGACAGACAUGCUUCUCAGCCUCUAGAGCCCUCGUACAGAGAGCCAUUGAAGUCUCCGAAGUCUAACGGUUCUCGUCUUUCCAAGCUAUUCAGCUCGAAAUCGAGCUCGAACCCGGAUGGAGGAAAGCUGCGGUCCCCGCGAUUCCCCCUUCGCAAAUUGGGUAUUUCAUCCCCACUUGCCUCGCCAGACAUGAAUGCAUCUCGAUCCUACGGCCAGGAUCAGGCGCCGCUGUCUCCCAGAUUCUACAAUCCAGGACCACCUCCAACGGCUCCUCACGCAGGGCCCCCUGUUGCACAGAUUAUGGCCCCUCCUGGCCGAGCCCGGGCACCGCCAGCACCACUAAACUUGUCUACUGCUGGUCAGCCCCCUUCCAAUCUGCCGUUCCGUGACGCAUACCCAUUGCAGAGCGCACCUGCAACGAAGACUACCAUUUUGGAACGCCCUACGAAGAACCGCAACGGGCCUGUAACUGGAAUGCCCACUCCCUACAGUGCUUACAUGCCCUUCACGCCGGUAACGCCAUUCACCCCCGGACGAAUGGUGACAAAGCGUGAUCGCCGGCGCGAGGAGCGCGAGAAUGGCCUCCGAGUGUUGAACGAAGACGAUUUGGUAAAGGAUGACAAAGAUGUAUGGGGAUGA